AUGGCAAGAAGACAAGAAAAAUGUAAUCACUGUGGAAUAGUAUUAGGGGUUCCACCAGAGGUCCAUGUGUUUGAGUGUGCAGUGUGCCAUGGCAUCACCCAUAUUCGCCCCACAGGUCCAUUGAGUCAAGCCUACAACUCCAUUUAUCACAUUGCAGAUCGUUUUAGAGGCUUCAUAAAUACUAUAAUGACAAGUUCAGUUAACACUUCUAGCAAUCCGGGUUAUUAUGGUGCAACUCAUUUUGGGUAUCAUCCUCAGCCUCAGUCACUAAGGCCAUCAUACCCCUUGAUGCCUCCUCCUGCAUAUGGUUCAAAGCGGGCAGUGCUAUGUGGAAUAUGCUACCACGGGAAGAGUUACAGACUUAAGGGCACCGUGAAUGAUGUAAAAUGCAUGAAAUACUUUUUGAUUAAGCAGUUUGGGUUUCCUAGUGACUCCAUCCUUAUGCUCACAGAUGAUAGGGAGGAAAGAAACCCACUGAGAAUCCCAACAAAACAUAACAUUCAAAUGGCCUUGAGGUGGCUGAUUGAGGGUAGCAGGUCAGGGGACUCAUUGGUGUUCCACUUCUCAGGACAUGGCACACGAGAAAUGAAAGUGGACGAGGUUGAUGGGUUUGAUGAAGCAAUAUGUCCUGUUGAUUAUGAACACCAGGGGAAAAUACUUGGUGAUGAGAUUAACGCUGAAAUUGUUAGGCCACUACCCCAUGGUGCUAAACUUCAUGCCAUUAUUGAUGCAUGUCAUAGUGGGACUGUUCUUGAUUUACAAUUUGUGUGCAACAUGAACAGGGAAGGGUAUUACAGAUGGGAGGAUCAUAAACUCCCUCGAGCUUAUAAUAAUGUUACAAGAGGUCUAGCAAUUUGUAUUUCAGCUUGUGAUGUUGAUCAAAUCUCCGUAGAUACCUCUGCUUUAAGUGGCAAAGCAGUUACUGGUGCCUUGACUUAUAGUUUCAUACAAAGUGUGCAAAAUGAACCUGAAGUGAGUUAUGGUCGUUUGCUCAGCGUGAUGCGUUCCACCAUCCGUGGGACAAAAACAGGCAUAGUUGUUCUAAAUGGUCCAGUUGUUUCGCUGUUAAAUAGACUUCUUGGUCUGGACAUAAAACAGGAGCCACAACUCUCGUCUUCGGAGAUCUUUGACAUUUAUAGAAAACGGUUUGUUCUAUGA